CCUUUGCCCCCCUUUUUAUACACACAUAGAUAGACACACACUCUCUCUCCCCCUCUCUCACUCUCUCUCUCUCUGAUUAUUAGUCUUCUUUAUAUGCAAAUCUGGGGAGUGUUUUGCUUUUGCAGUAGUGAGAUUUCAGAGAGAGAAUUUUGGGGCAUUCGUACGGCCCGAAGAAAUUGUAGGUUCUAUGUUUCCCGCCAAAACAGCAAAAAAGUAGAAACUCAUCAACUUGCACUUCCCCUUUUUCUCUUCCCUAUAAUAAUACCCACCUCUCACUUCUACUCACCCCUUCGCCAUAGAUUUUUCUUUUCUUUUCUACCCAUUAUGUACAGUUCUUGAGGGAUAUAAUCUCACCCUUCAAGUCAACUCGUAGUAUUGUUUCAGUCGAUUCUUAUUUGAUCGGAAUUUUUAAUACUCUGUGAUGGUAUUUGAGAAAGCGACGGAUUUGGGUUCUCCGGAGACGGUGAAGUUCUCGGAGCACGUGAUCAUGACUAACAAGCACGUGCCAGAGGGUAGUUUCGGAUCGGGCGCUCCGGGGAUGCUUCGGAACAGAGUUGUACGGAUUGUGGUCACCGACGGCGACGCCACGGACUCCUCCGGCGACGAAGGGGAGAGGGGGGUGGGUAGGAGGAGGGUGAAGAGACACGUGUCGGAGAUCAAGCUUGUGCCGCCGCCGGCGGAGCAACGGGUUCAGUUUACUUCCAGCGGGAGUAAAAAGAGGGGGGUGAGUGACGUCACGUCGUCGGAAUCUGACGCCAGCAGCCGGAAGAAGUUCAGAGGAGUGCGUCAGCGGCCGUGGGGGCGUUGGGCUGCGGAGAUUCGCGACCCGACCCGAGGGAAACGCCUCUGGCUCGGAACCUUUGACUCGCCGGAAGAAGCCGCCACCGUCUACGACAAGGCCGCCGUGAGACUAAAAGGCGCUGACGCCGUCACCAACUUCCCCAAACUAACGGUAACGGAGACGGCGGUCGACGCCUCAAACAACGCCGCCGUUCUCUCCCCCGCCUCCGUCCUCCGUUACGACGACUCCACUCCGUUCGACAGCCCCGUCCAGAGUGACGUCACCCCAAACGGAGACGAAUUCACGGCGUUAACCAAUCUCGACGAUUUCGGAAACUUCGACUCCCCAAUCGACUUCGACUUCUUAGGCUUGCCGAGUUUCCGGUUACUCGCAAAUCACCGCGCCGAGGAAUUCGACGAGUUUGACGUUGACUAUUUUCUCCUCGAAAAUCAGUUAGAAGACCCCCGCUCUCUGAUGGCUGAACUGUAAAUUCACCUUUUUUCGGGGCGUAAUGCGACUCUGACGUGGCACUUUUGGCGGCAAAUCAUCGAGUGUGUGUAACUGUGUAUUGCGAGUACUGCGUGUUGCCUAUUUUGCACGGCGGCUUUUUUUAUGGAUAUUUCAAUUUUUGGUCAACGAUAUAUUAAUAAUUAAUUGUAUCAAAAAAUAUAUAUUAUAAUUAAUUAAUUAUAUAAUAAUUGUAUUUAUUGAUAACAGUGAAAGAGUGGGGUACGAGGAGACCAGGUUCAGCGUUGUGUAUAAUGUUUGCUUGGAUGUCAAGCCUUGCGUUGAAACACUGUUCAUAUUUUGACGUUUAAAUAUCAAUGUCUGUGUCAAUUUGAGUUGGAAAUCAAAUUAGUUUAUUUGUGGUUU